UGACGCGUGGCCGCUCGCUCCACGGCGCUCUCGGCCACACUCGGCAUUAACAAGGGGCUUUGACGAGGGUGGCUUCGGCAGUGAUGACGGACGAGGACUCUCAGACUACUGCCAGCGAGGCGCAAGCCCAGGAUGAGAGCGAGCUGCCUGUUACCCAGCUGUGUGGGCUGGUGGAAGAGCUCAGCCACGGAAACUCUGCUCUCAAAACUGAGACAGAGAUGUUUGAAAAAUAUUACAAUAAAUUGGAGCCCAGGGACCAGCGACCUUCACAAUUAUCAGAAAUUAGAAUGUCAGGAGCAGAAAUUGCACAGUUACGAGGCAGGCGUAGAUCCAAAUCCCGCGUAAGUAUGGAACGUGUAACAGGCCUCAGCGUGGACCAAAAAUUGAAGCUUGUGCAAAAAGAGCUGGACGACACAAAGAGUGAAAUAAGGCACAUAAGGGCAAAUGCCGAGAGGGACCUGCAGCAUCACGAGGCUAUCGUUGAGGAAGCUGAAAUUCGGUGGACCGAAGUUCAGAGAGAAGUGCAUGAGUUUGAAAAAGAUAUUCUAAAGACCAUAUCCAAGAAGAAAGGGAGUAUUUUGGCCACUCAGAAAGUGAUGAAGUACAUUGAGGACAUGAACCGCCGGAGGGAUAAUAUGAAGGAUAAAUUAUGUUUGAAAAAUGCCUCUCUCAAAGUCCAGAGGAAAAAGAUGCUUUUACAAUUGAGGCAGAAGGAAGAGGUGGGAGAGGCCCUCCACGAUGUUGACUUUCAGCAGCUGAAGAUCGAGAAUGCUCAGUUUUUAAAGACAAUUGAAGCAAGGAAUCAAGAACUGAUCCAGCUGAAGCUGGUAUCCAGAAACACCCUGCGGAUCCUUAACGCGUACAAAAGCAAGCUACACCGAGCCAUGGAAGUGUCCGUCGAUCUGGACAAAGAGUUCUUGUUGAGAAAAGAGUUACUCGAAAAAGUUGAAAAAGAAACCCUGCAAGUAGAGGAGGACCAGGCCAAGGCCAUGGCUCUGAACAAACAGCUCCGGAAGCAGCUGUCUGAGUUCCGAGUGCCACAGGUGAUGAUGUACGUCCGGGAGAAGAUCCGAAACAGUGACCUGGAGAAGGCCAUCGGGAUGUGGGAGAGGAAAGUGGAGAUUGCAGAGCUUGAGGAAGAAAAAGAAUGCCAUUCAGGACAAAUAGUUUUGACAAAUGACUGUGCGGUCAACAUCCCUGGCUAUUGUGUGGUUUUGCAAGUUGCUGUUCCACUCGGGUGUAGAAUAAGCUGCUGUUUCUAUUCCCCGUGACGUGUAAGGCCGAGACUUCUGAAGCUCAAGCAACGGAGACAAAAAGCACCAGGCGCUCCAGCCCCACCUCAUCUCCCAGGGGAGCGACCCCCUUUCAUUGCGUGAUCCUCAACCUUGACAUCCAGCAAAAGCCCUAACAGUCGUGGGAACAAAGGAGGGGUGAGUUCAGAGCUAUUCUACUUUUGCUGGGUUUCUGAGGACCCGUUAGGGCAGACACUGAACCUGGGUAACUUAUUCUACAUGUGAGAAGUGUGGCUUUGAGGACCUCUGGACACUAGAACACAUUUCCUAGGAAGGAUCCUAGGUAGACAAGGCAACUUUUUUUUUUUUUUUUGCAAGCACAAUUCUCUUAAAAAACAAAGGACUGUCUACAGGUAUGCUACAGUUAAAAACCAAUCUGACCUUUGUGGGUGGUUUAAAGAGGUGAUCAUUUAGAGGGUAAGCAGCUUACCAUAUUCCAGUGAAUUUAAGAUGCUCUUAAAAUUUAGCAUCUUUGAAAUGGGAUGUGUCUUUUAAUCAGUAGAUUCCAGAGUUUCAGUGGCAGCGUUUUUACUUUCUCAGUGUUACAUAAAAUAAUGGUGCAUUCUGCACCUGACAGCAUCCUGGAUUUGAUGAAGUGUGGUACUAGGUUGAUGGAGUGGCUGAUGGCAGGAUUUUGUUAAGUAGCUACGUCUUCUACUGUAUUUUAACACAUUCUCUAAUUUAAGAAGCUUCUACAAUCCUCCGCCUGGAAGAGAGCCCAGGACAAUGUAGGCACUUGAUAAAUGUUGAGCCAACUUUAGAAGGGCAAACUUAUUUCCUGAUGAAAGGCAGUCCCUCAUGCUUUUGCAAUAAAAUGACUUUGAGAAAGAAUUGUCCGCACAUAUGUAUUUUUUCCUUUUUCUCUAAAAAACUUUCCCUAGAUCCUCUGGAAAAAAAAUUUCCCCAUCAGGGAAUCCUGAAGGUUACUUCGAGAAAAGUGGUUGAUCAGUGUCUUGGACAAUUUUAGAGUAGAGGAGGGAAACUCUGCCUGGAAAUCUGGCAGACCUGAGUUCUCGCCUUUAAGAUUUAUUAACUCUGUGGCCCUGGUAAGCCACACUUUUUCCAGAUACAGAUAUGAGGGGGCCUGGACAGGUGUUUGUGAAUUCUGCACAGUUUCCUGAGGCAGUAGGACAGCCACACCUGGACAGCCCACAUUCAGCUAGAGGGCAGGGCUUCUUACAGGGAAAAAGAAACCCAGU